CAAAAGAAUAGCCAACGACCGAGAGAGGCAAUGGCAGAAAUGGCGGUUUCUCACUCUAUUGCUUUCUCCCCGAAAAUUUCUCAACUCAGCGUUAUCACCAGUAAUGCUUCGACACGUCUACUUCUCACUCCAUCACCUAACCGAGUUAACCUCUUCUCCAAGCAUCAAAGUCGAAUUGUCUGCUCUGCAAUCUCUGGAUCUCCUGGAACUAAAUCUUCGGGUUUGGUGAACGACGCGUUUUUAUUGGAUACGGUGAAGGUGUUUGAUUUGGAUGGAAAUGGAAUUCCAAUUUCCGAUUUAUGGAAAGAUAGGAAAGCUGUUGUUGCAUUUGCCCGUCAUUUUGGAUGUGUUCUUUGUAGGAAACGUGCUGAUUAUCUUGCUGCCAAGAAGGACAUAAUGGAUGCAUCUGGAGUGGCACUUGUUUUAAUUGGACCAGGCAGCGUUGAUCAGGCAAAAACAUUCUCUGAGCAAACUAAAUUCAAAGGAGAAGUGUAUGCAGAUCCUACCCACUCAUCAUACGAGGCACUAAAAUUUGUUUCCGGGGUUUCAACCACAUUUACUCCUAAAGCUGGUCUCAAGAUAAUACAGUUGUACAUGGAAGGUUAUCGACAAGACUGGAAACUUUCAUUUGAAAAGGAUACUGUCUCCAGAGGUGGCUGGCAGCAAGGUGGAAUUAUAGUUGCAGGUCCUGGCAAAACAAAUAUCUCAUAUAUCCACAAGGAUAAAGAAGCUGGAGAUGAUCCAGAUAUUGAAGAAAUAUUGAAAGCUUGUUGCUCAUGAAGAAAAUGCCAUAUUCUUUAGCUACAACGCUAGUGUCUCAUUCAAAGGUCCCAUUAUACCUAGUUGCUUCAUUGCUGGACAAGUUCAAAGAUUGGAGCCUUCACUGCAAAUGAACAUGGUCCAAAACAUUUCACUAAUUGCAAUCUGAGGUUUCUUUUUACCAAUGUAAAAUGUAUUUUAGACCCAAAAUUUCUACUGUAUAGAAGAAUACUUCAGGGUUUUGUGUAUCAUAUAGCUUAUAAACGAAUGUGUUAAAGGUCAAGGUUAUGUGUCUUGCAUUAUCCAUAGCUUUGUAAAUGUGUACGUUAAAGGUACUUCUUUUUGCUGGUA